UCCCGCCCCCCCUAUCCUUGUUCGUCCUCCCCAGGCAGGGUCAUUUCAGGACAAGCCCAGCGCCCUGCUGCAGAAUCAGCUGUAGAGCUUUCCUCCUGCCGCCUGUGCUGCCGCUCGUCCAGUGCAUCUGACUGUCAGAAUCCAUGAGGCAUUUAGCAGUUCCUUCAGCAAAGUACCACUGAAACUCGCAUAUUUGUGGGGAUUAUGGUCAUGAAUGCCUAAUUGCACGCAGAAUCUACACAGAAGUCUACCGCAUCUUUCAAAUGAGGUUACUUGUGAUGCUUAGAAGAAUGUGCAGAUCCACCUAUCCAUAAUGCCUAGCAGCAUGUCAGCAUCCUAUUAAUUCCAGGUCCUGUUUCCUAUGAUUACACUAGCACCUAAUCCAGAAAGAUUCCGGUCAUGUAAGUGAUAUCAAAAACCGCUUAGUGUGACAAAGAUGCAUUUACUGGGGGCAAGUAAUAUUUUUGGCAGAUCCCUCAACAGGCUUGGACUUGUACACUAAGCAAAACCUACAACAGAGUUGUUCAUAUGGAUAGCACAACUCUAUCAGGGUACAUACCCAGCUACUUGGAUAAAGAUGAACUGUGCGUGGUGUGUGGAGACAAGGCUACAGGGUAUCAUUAUAGAUGCAUUACCUGUGAAGGUUGCAAGGGAUUUUUCCGAAGAACUAUUCAGAAGAACCUUCACCCGAGCUAUUCAUGUAAAUAUGAAGGAAAAUGUGUGAUAGACAAAGUAACAAGAAAUCAGUGCCAAGAAUGUCGAUUCAAAAAGUGCAUCGCGGUUGGCAUGGCAACAGAUCUGGUUUUGGAUGACAGCAAGCGUUUGGCAAAAAGAAAGCUAAUUGAAGAAAACCGAGAAAAGAGGCGCAAGGAUGAACUGCAGAAAUCACUGGUACAGAAGCCUGAACCAACAGCAGAAGAGUGGGAGCUCAUACAGGUUGUCACUGAAGCUCAUGUAGCCACCAAUGCACAGGGAAGUCACUGGAAACAGAAAAGAAAAUUUCUGCCAGAAGAUAUUGGGCAGGCCCCCAUAGUUAAUGCUCCAGAGGGUGGAAAAGUGGACUUAGAAGCCUUCAGCCAGUUUACAAAAAUAAUCACCCCAGCAAUUACAAGAGUGGUGGAUUUUGCCAAAAAAUUACCUAUGUUUUGUGAGCUGCCAUGCGAAGACCAGAUCAUUCUCCUCAAGGGCUGCUGCAUGGAGAUCAUGUCACUCCGAGCUGCAGUGAGAUAUGACCCAGAAAGUGAGACAUUAACACUGAAUGGAGAAAUGGCAGUCACAAGAGGACAGCUAAAAAAUGGAGGACUAGGGGUGGUAUCUGAUGCAAUCUUUGACUUAGGCGUAUCGCUGUCCUCAUUCAGUCUUGAUGAUACCGAAGUCGCCUUGUUGCAGGCUGUGCUGCUUAUGUCAUCAGAUCGUCCUGGUCUCUCCAGUGUGGAAAGAAUAGAAAAGUGCCAAGAAGGUUUCCUCUUGGCAUUUGAACACUACAUAAAUUACAGGAAACACAACGUUGCACACUUUUGGCCAAAACUGCUGAUGAAAGUCACCGACCUCCGCAUGAUUGGAGCCUGCCAUGCCAGCCGGUUCCUGCACAUGAAAGUGGAGUGCCCCACUGAACUGUUUCCCCCACUGUUCUUGGAAGUGUUUGAGGAUUAGAAGAGACUGUGCUUCUGGUUACUCGUCACUACUGGGGUCUCCCCUUCCAUUCCAUUGCCUCCGUCACUUUUUUUGUUCUCGUCCGUUCUGAAUAGACAUGGAUGAAAAUGUUCCUCUAAUGCGGGUACUCGUGACUAUCGUGUUUUUGUUAUUCUGUCCUUUUGAUGUGAAGUUUAUCCGUGGAAGUUUAACCCCUUUUUUGCUGAAGUGGCUGUCAAGACAUUUCGCAUGAGAGCAUUUGACGGUCCUUCCAGUUCUUAAGUGGUUAUUGGAAAAAAGUGAAAAAAAAAAAAAAAGAAAAAUAUAUAUUAACUUGCAUUCACCAGCACUACGGAUCCUACACAGAAAAGGUAUUCUCAGAUGUUGUGCCUGCGGCUAAAAACCCUACUGACCAUCUCCCAUGGUGAUCUCUUACUCAUGUAAUGUGGGGCUGUUAUAACCGUUCACAGCUGCAUAUACACCGUUUCCACCCAGAGAAAGGCAGAUAUUUGAUUUUAUCACUAGAUGAUAUUUUUUUAAUUUAUUUUUUUAAAACAAGUGAUAAUACCCCCUAUUUGGCACACACUGCGCCCAUGGUUGGCGAUAAAUUGGUAGCAUGUUUUUAAAACAGUUUGUAGAAAGAGAAUUUAGCCUGGUAAAACCCUAAAUAAUUCUACCUUUAUACUUUAGAAAAGUAAAAAUGAGAAUCCUGAAAGAAUGUAUUUUUUUACUCUAACUCCCCUUUAUCAAUAUCCUCUUAUUUUUGUUAUUAUGAAAAGAAAGAAGCUAAGCUAAUCUGGAUGUUAAAGUAUGACUUUACAUUGCUCACUCUUGUAUUAUGUAGUUGGUGUUUAUAGGAUGACUGUACAGAACUAGUUCCUCGAUUCUGCACAUUCCCUUCUCAGGUAUUUGAAAGUAAACCUCUAGGAAUUCCAUUAAUGCCUCACUGUUUUCCGAUCCCCCUUACUCCUGCAUGAUGAUAUGAAUCGGAAUAGGUCUUGUGCCACAAAGUCACAUGAUGAUCACUUGGCACUUUGGAAAUUGGUAACCUCACACUGUCGUAAUACUAGGCCAUACUAUGAUGACAUUUGAACUCCUGAGCUGUAAUCAUAUAUUCAUAUAUUUCUAUGGUACUACCUCCUUCAUUACCCAUAUUCUAACAGUGCCUAGCAGAGAAGCAGUUACUUAGGGCAAGUUCAGAUCUGCUUCAGUGCCACAUAUCCAUCAGAUUUAUCAGUAUAUCCUAUAGAAAGCAAGAUUAUUCACAUUACACCUUCAGGGCUUUAAUUCAUGCCAGAUUAUAUAUUUUGCCAGACAUAUUUUUCUAUUAUAAAAUUAACCUAUACACUAUAAAUGGAUGCAUAAUAGCUUCCCAGCUACUGACAACAAAACCAAAACCAAUAAUACAGUAUAUUUGUUGUAUUCAAUCUUACAUAUUCUUGUGCAUAAUUUGCAUGAUAGUCUAAUAUUUUGACAUGAAAUUCUUCAAAAUAGAUUGUGUGUAUGUGUCUUAAAUUCUAUAAGUCUAAAGACCCCACAUCUGGUCAUUGAAAGCCAGAGAGGAGCCAUGUGCCUUUAAAUACCAUUCAUUUAUCUCCACUGACAAGCAAGAAACCUCGGUUAGAUACAUGGAUCAUUAUUUGCCUUCUAUAGCUGGGUUCUACUGUUGAGAAUCAAAAAACAAGAUGGACAUACAUGACAUAUAUUCCUACCAGAUAUAGACUCUAAAUAGAACCAAAUAUCCAAACUAGCGCUACUACUGAAUUAGGGUACAAACACAAAGUCAGGUUGCAUAGUUGCCUUGCAGUUUCCAAUACUUCAAAGAUAUUCUUCCAUUAAUUACUACUGGAAAUUGACGUGAUGCAACUACAAACAGCAAUGCAACUGCAAUGCAAUCAGAUUAUUUAUUAUCACCCGUAUAUACAUUAGGUACAUGUGCAGCCACAAAUAACGUGUGCACAUCUCCCCACCAAAAUAAAUGUACAUGCAUUAUUCAGUUCAAACCAGGGAUAUUUGGGCUAGCUCUGUCUGAGGGUACAUCUACAAACUGGCAAACACAUCACAUUGUGUGAAUUUUGUUUCCACUGUGGAUUUAUUUUUUUUAAAGGUUUAUGGGGGAAUUUGUGAAGACCGACAUUUCUUACACCGAACUUGAUAAAAAAGUGCACUGGCUCACGAUUACUGCAUCUUUGGCUGUCUGUUCACCACUGACUGAAAACUCAUAGCUUCCAUCCAUUUUGGUACAAUUAUGCCAGUUUCUGGGGUAAAUUAUAGUAAAGUUCCAGGGCUAUGGGAGGCCAUGCCACUCCUUAAUGCUAACCCCCUCCCCCCAGUUUCUCAAAAAGGGUUGAGUGCAGAGUAGAAGGGUAAAAAGUCCCAAAUUUGCAGAUUCAUAUGUGAAAGCUCAACAAAUUUGUAGCAUAUUGAGAUUCUGGUGAUUCAAAAUCUGCUGCCCAUGUCCGUUUCUGGCUGUUUUCACAGGGCAGAAUUUCCAAGUGUAAUUCCAUGGUAAUAUUCUGCUCAGAAAUUCCGCUGUAGCAGAGUCAUGUUGAUUUUAAUGGAAUUCUGCUGCGGGAUUGCAGAUAUCCUGAAUCCCCCAUCUGCAGACAGAAUAGAUAUGUCAUUUUUUCUGUGAAUUCUGCUCAGAAAUGCAUUGCAAUCUAUGAGACUGUGCAUUUCCGAGUGGUGCUAGCGCCGACGGAACAUUUAAAUGUGUGGAAUCUUCGCCCAUGUUUUAUGAGCGAACAUUCCACCCAUUUUCGGCCAUAUUAACUCAACCUCUGUGAGGAUUUGAUGCAGAUUUUUUCUGCAACAAACCAAAAUAUAUAUAUUUUUUAAAUCACAUCCACCUAUUACCAUUGUAAUAACUGUUGAUUUUUCACACAGACAUUCCUUGUGGAAAAUACACAGCCUAUAGCCCAUGUAUGUCAGUACCCUAAGGCGGUGCUAGUGGAAAUAUUUCUGGUUAUAUUGGAAAGUUGAAGACUCUUUCAUCAUUAUUAGAUUCCAUUUUGAAAUACAUUUGUGUAAGCAUGAAAAAAAACUUUUUAGUCUGUAUGUACUUUAUUGCACAACAUACACAAAGGUUAUGUUACUUUUGACUUGGAGGAGAAGAAGGGGAGUGGGUAUAUGAUGCAGAGUGGGUAUAUAAUGCAGAGUGGGUAUAUAAAAAGCAAUGGCUUCUCCAUGGGUAGAGUAAAAUGUGGCUGCUUUAUUUUUGCUUAUUUUCAAUGUAUUAAGCCACGUUUUAACUUUGUGUUGAGAUUUAGAUAGAUAAUAUGUUUCUGGAUAAGUUAUGCAUGACCUCUUGCCUUUUGUAACUGAUUUCAUAAACUCUAAAAUUCUGUAUUAAAAUCACUUUUGAGGGAAGCGAUCCUUCUAUUAGAAAGACCAGAAUGCCGCCAACAUCUUAAAGGGAAUCUGUCAGCUGUAUUUGCUUUUAUAAGUUGCAGACACUGGAUAGCUGUUGAGUAUAAAUAAACUAUACCUUUCCUGGAGCUGAUAGUAGUUGCCAAGCAAAUUGUCAUUUUAUUUCUUAGCCAAGUGCCAAGGAGGGGGAGCUGAGUUGCUCAAGUGCCACAGCAUAGCAGACACCUCUGUACUCCUUUUACCUUCCAGCCCAACCUUGGCUGAUGUACAGGGCUCUGUAUGUUAAUUAAGGCAGGGUUAAGAGGCGAGGGCAUGUCAGGAUGUGGCUUUUGAGCAGCUCUGCUCCACCUCGGCACGUGGCUGAGAAAUAAAAAGGAAAGUUACAGUUUGCUUUUAUGCCCUAACAGCUAUCCAAUGGUGUCUACAGCUCUUAGCAGCAAAUACAGCUGGCAGAUUCCCUUCAAUGGCAACCAGGUUUCUUAGUAGAUUCUAAAAUAUGAGGGACAGUAGUGCACAUGUAGAAGAGGGGGUCCAGAUGCAAUGAAAUGUGAUUGCUGGUGCUAGGAGAUCCAUGGCAGGCAUGUUCCUCUGGUGCUAAAAAUGCCAAUAUUGUGCACUAUUACAAUGCCUAUGGAGCUCUAUAAGCUAUUCUUAGAGAGGAGUCAAGCACAGAAACACCCCUCUCCCAAACAUCAGAUUUGGGAUCUGGAAUCUGGAUUUUGAGUGUGUAGUUUAUUGCCAGUCUACCUCUAUGGCACAUAUAUAUCCUUUAUUACAUCGAUAGUGGAGAUAGUAAACAAUACAGUGUUUUAUUAAAAAUCUUUAUUAGAUAUCAGAAUAUGUUAUUUAUCAUCUUGGUCUGGCCUUUCCAGUUGUUUACCAACAUAUUAUAUGCAAUAUCUACUCUUAUCUAAACAUAUACCAAAAAUGAUUAUUUGUCAAGAUUAGCAUAAUAGGUAACAGUUAUAGCCUGUAAAAACGUAUAAGAAUUUACCAGGAAAUUAUAUUUCAAUGUUACCAACUACAGGUUCAAUAAAUACAGUCAAAAGAAACACAUACAAAAAAAGUGUCAUACUUAUAUAUACUUUUAACAGAAAACAAUUAUAUGUACCAGAAGUGAAGCUAUUUGGGCAACAGGUCUGAAAAUGUUAGCUAUUUAAGUGGAGUGCCCAGUAGACUUCACCACAGUUUUCUCCAUCUUCAUUUGACAGUAGCAUCCUCAAUAUCACUAGUAAAAUCCACAAUAGUAAAAGUUACUAUACAUAAAUACAGUAAUUAAAGGGAACCUGUCAUCUCUAGAUCAGCAUGCAUGGCUCCCUCCCUGCCUUGACUGAUUGAUGUCAAGGGCUCAAUGCUGAAAGCCAAGUCUUGUCCAUUAACCAUACAGGGCAGAGAGAGGUGAGGGAGGAAACAUUUCCGCUGCUGCUCAGCUCUGCUUCCUUGACACCAGCUCUGAGCAGGAUACAUAGCUGACAGAUUGCCUUCAACUGUAUAUCUGGAAAUCAGUAUUGUCUUAUCCAUAGGGCUAAUGGUAUAGCUGUACCAAGACUCUGUAGGGCAAGUAUUUCCAGUUAGGAAAGUUUUAGUUUUUCACCGUUAUUCACAAAUAUUUAGGGGAUACAAGUUACAAGCUAUUCGUGAAGCCAUUGCUCUGAAUAUACUCUUUUUUAUGUACUUUAUAGUUAGAACUGGUUCCAUUCUAGGUUAAUAGGAGGUUUACACAGAUACUUGUAAAUUGUUAAAAAAAACAUUAUGGGGUUAGAGGAAAUUUAAUUUAUUUUAUCAGCACAUGAAGAUUAUUCACAUUGCAAACCCACCUCCUAAUGUUGCACUUAAAGGGGUACUCCAGGUACUCCACCGGCUGGCCUCCGCAGCGUGCACACAGCGUUUGGAACUAAAUGUUCCGCACGCUGGCCAGUGGAGUACCCCUUUAACACUGGAUACUGGAGUAUUAUGUAGGAACGUCAGUCCUUUCCUAGAGUUGUGGGCUUACAGCGGGCUUCAUUGCUGCCAUGUUGGAUACUUGGAUGGCAGUUUUAUUUUUUACAAAGGGUUUUAGACAAACAAUUUGAAACUCAAACCUUAUCUACUUGAGGGAUUUGAUGUAAAAGUCAUAUCUAAUAAAUGCAUUAAAUGGCUGCAAUAUGGAAUUGAUUAAAUUAUUUCCUAAGGUGUCUCCCAAAGGCUACCUAAGUAAGGUAUUGUUAAAAUAAAAAAACAAAAUGUAAAAUAUAUAAUUUAGAACUUGUGCUCACUAAUGUUUUUCACUAUUCUCCUAUUGAAUGGGGUAAAUUAACUUCUAUACCAAACCCGAGUCCCACAGAGGGACUAACUGUCUCUGGGAUCACACAUAUAAAAACCCUUUUUUUGAACCUCCCUACUGGUGUAUAUUAUGAAACAUCACAUUUAUUAAUAUGCAUUAAAAUUGGUCCCACAAAUAGUUUAAACCACAGCUCACAGUCCAUGAUCAAUAUAACUUAAUCUAAGAAAAUGGACUGGAAUAUUGAUACUGCUCUCAGUCAAAUGCUCUAAGGUGGAGGCGAACAGUUAAUAUUUUCUUAGAUAAUACUGCAGACGCCUAUUAUCAAGACUCUCGACUAUGAGCAAGUCAUAUUGAUCAGUGGACUGUGUGCUGUGGUUUUAACUAUUUGUGGAACCAAUUUUAAUACAGAUCAAUAAUAGUGAUGUUUUUCAAUAUACACUAGUAGGGAGAUUCAGCGAUAAGGGGUUUUAUACCCUGUGAUAAGGGAGAAAGUGAGUCUCUCUGUAAGACUCAGAAUUUAGUAUGGAUGUUUUGAGAAAUAGGCAACAUAAUAACACUCAGGAAGGAAGGAUAAGAACUGACAUAUAAAACUGAUCUUCUAUUACCCAUUUAGGGCCAAUGAAAAACUGUGUGCAUGGUCUCUGCACUCGAUUAUUAGUAGACGCAUUGGUACUUAAUGUGGCAUUGUAUGGUGUCUACACGAAGCAUCAUUCUCUUCCUAUGCUCUGCAUAUCACUGUAUGGUGCUUCCAAAAGCACUAUGCUUUUCCUUUAAACAGGGCGUCUAACAUAACAUUGCUGCAACCUGUGCAGCUACAUAGGGGCCCAAUAGGUAAGAGGGCCCAUUGUCACCUUUAAAGUAGCCAACAUUUUUAGAGAGAGACAUGCAUAGUUAUUGCUAUAUAAUAAGCUAUUGUAAAGCAAGAGGUCAACAUACCAGAUCCCUCUGCUGUCUGUGCCCAACCCUGCCCUAGAAGUUAUACUUGCAUGAUAUCUUACUGUGAUAUGGCCAAAUGUGAUUGGACAAGCCAAGGCUAUGAUUUUUUUUCUUACAGAUUCUGUAUGAAUCAGAAAAAAACACCAUACAAAGCUGAAGGUAUACGGGAUAGUAUGGGAGAUCUGUAGAACAUAAUGGCCCAUAGUAUUUCAAACCUCACAGAAAGAAAAAAUCUUCUGACUUGCCUAUGGCAACCAAUCACAGCUCAACUUAAUUACCUCAGAUUCAUUGUACACUAGUUUUUGGUGCAAACUGAGCCCGAAUUCUGGUUCACCUAGCUUAGUAAUGCUCCCCCACUAUCAACAAAUACUUCAAUGUGGGCUACAAGCCAAUAAGUACACUGUAUGGACAUGAAUGUGCCCAUACAGCUUGGUGUUUGUGGAGGCUGAAUACCAACAGGAGGUAAAUAGGAAAGUUAAAUCACUGUAUGUACUGAAACCAAUAACUAAAAUAGAAAAUGGGUUUACACGUCAGUAAGAGCUGAAUGGAUUUAUUAGUGGGCACAAUGGGCCUGUUCCAAUAGACUGAUUUAGGGGCAGCUCAUACCUUGCUGAGCAUGCAUGACUUUCUUUCAUUGACCAGGUAUAUGAAUCAAUGAUAUAUUCAUCUGGGAUGGAAUAUGUGAGGUUGUUAUCGAUACAUCUAGAAAAAACUACAAAAUAUUUUGUAAAAGUAUUGCAGCUAUUUGAUGGGGUGUUCCUUAGGGCACCAAAGGCUGUGUGCCUCAAAGCUUCAUGGCAUAGAUCCAUUUCUGGUAUAACCCACGUAGCUCAUUCUUAGUAAGCAGCAAUUUUCACUUCAUAGUUGUUUCCACCCAAUAAACCUGGCUUAUUGGUCACUCUACAGUGUGGUGCCAAUAAAGUGAAUUUGUAAUGUUUCUUAUAUUCAGUUUUCAAUAACGGAUUACCUGAUUUUAUUCUUUUGUGAACGAAUUUACUAGUCAUUUCUUGUGAAUGCCAUUUAUGUAAAUGAUUUGUAUUGUAAAACUGAAAAUAAAGCAGUUCUUCAUUAUAAACAACUAUGUACCACAGGCAUAUCUAUGUCCAGAUUAGCAAAAAAAAAAAAAAAACUAUUGCUCUGAAAUAAGCAGUGUAAAUUAGGUUGGGAGCCUUAACAUUUGCAAAUGGAAACUAGGCAGAUAAGGUGGGAUCUGAGGAAACGUUAUAAUGGACAAUUGCAAUGACAAGUAAUCGCUAUGGAAAAUAACAAAAUCAGAUAUGAUUACAGUUAGCCACCUGUAACCACUGACAUUUCUCUCAGAUUUAACAAAAAAUUUACGUCACAGAGUCAAAAGUUGUGAUCGGUUGGGGUUUGUUUGUGUGUUUGGACCCUCACCGAUCACUGCAAAGAGUGGGGAGAAGCCUGUGGCUGUGUGCUUCACUCCCUGGCUUAUUGCAGUCUCCAUCCAGCUGCCUUAGACAGCCCUAUAAACUUAUAAUGGAGCCUGUGUAGUGCAACAGGAUGGGGAUUGAAGCUGUGUAGUAAAACACACAGCCACACACGUCUCCCUGCUCUUUCUUACAGCAUAAUAGCCAAACAUGUAACCCAAUGCCACAUGCCUGUGGACAUUUGGCUUGACCGAAUGUACAUGUGUUCUAAAUGGGGAGAGGGGAGGUAAGCUCUGAUGGCAGAUUAUCUCCCCAAAAAACAUGUUCAAAAUUUCUCUCCCCUGAUAUCAACUUUUGAGGAAGAGCUGGAAACCCUUCCAUAAUCUUUUAAGCAGAUAAACAUGGAGGGUUUGGCCAGCUUUUGACUGAUGUGUAUUGGGGCCUGUAGAUAACACAAUGUUUGAUGGACUACUGCUUGCUAUUUAAAGCUUCUUCAGAUUAACUAUAGGGGCACUGUUGGAUUGAUGUCUUUGGCAAGUAAUUUCCACUAACAGUGGUAAAAAUGUAAUCUGGAAGUGAAAUACCCUAUAUUACAUGAACAACUGAAGAAACAUCUUUCAGUAGAGAAUUAAAACCUCUUGUAUUACUUUUGGCAGCCAUUAUCAUAGGUAGUAAUAAGCUCCUCUUAAAAAAAAAAAAAAACAGUUUUUUUGCCAUCAGGGUAUAUAUGAGAAUCCAUUUCUAUUUACACAUGGUAGUUAUAAGUGCACGUCCCUCAUUCACACCUACGUAGGUUGGCUCUGUAUUCUAUGCAUGUGUACAUACAGAUCCAUACUGCGUAGCACACUGUGGCCAUGUUUACAAAGGAGUAUGUGAAUAAAAUACAACAAAAUCUUCACACAUUAGUAUUAGGAUAUAUUUAUAGACCAAAACUGUGAGUAGGUAGCACCAGCUGAUAUAUAAGAAAUAAAGCUAAGUAAACAGGGUUUUCAGUUAUUUACACUCUAUAUAUAUGUCCAUAAUCAUCAUAAAAUAACUCAGUUUUAUAUUGCCUUUAUAAUAUUCACUUGCCUUAAACAGAACACCAAAUAAAAUCAAUCUAAACCUUACACAUUCAGGUAAACAUGAUUUUUUUUUUUUUACGUACACUCAACAUAUUCUAUAAUUUCUGUCAUUAUUUCUUUAUUUUGUAUAGAGAAUUAGUUUAGACAUAGUAAGUCAUAUCCAUCUGUGAAUAUUUUUAAAGGAUUGUUACUGGUCUUUAAACAUAUAAAAGUCAAACCAUUCAGUUUAUAAGCUAAAAUAGAAUUUACCAGUAGAGCAUUUAAAGGGGUACUCCGGUGGAAACCUUUUUUUUU